AUGGUUGAUGGGUUUGCACGUGUGGCAGAUAGACAGAGUUUCCAGAAGCUUGUAGACAAAGUUUUUGUUGAUGACAUCACCUGGGGGAAAAUUGUUACUCUGAUCUGUGUUGUUGGGAAAUCCAUUGCAAAGAUUCUUGCUGAUUUAGUCUCAGGCGUUGUGUCUUGGACACUGGAUUACUUCAGGGAUAACCUUCUGAACUGGAUCUGCAAUAGAGGAGGAUGGAUCAACAGUAUCUCUUCCUUGGCUCAUUACUCCUUUGAGCGAGAUUUUGGUUCCUCAUCCAGCCUGAUCUCCCUCUCCUCUGGAGUCCUCUUCAUCAGUGGAGUACUGCUGGGUGGCCUCAUUGUCUGGAGACUGAACAGAUGUGCCUGAGGAGGGUCAGUGAAGGACUGAUGAAGUGAGAAAAGGGGGAAUGCUGGGAUUUACAUAUGCAACGGACCAAAAAUAAUGAUGAUCUGACCAAGUAAGAGA